AUGGCCAUGUUAGCAUUGGAGAAAGAGCUCGAGAAGCUCACCAAGACGGCGCGUCUUUCGAAUGCGCUCGCCGAUGUCGACAAGAUUAUAGAUAUGUUGACCACAGCUCGGGAAGAGGUCGAAAGUGCAAACGACCCUCAUGCCACCAGCAUUACCCUUACCAAGUUGCAAAACCCCAUACAAAAAGGGUUGGAAGCCGUCAACGAGGAUAUUCGGAGUGUAUACAAGGGUCAGUCCAAAUUCGCCAAGGCUCUUGACCGGGCCUUUACUGGCGAAAAGGUCAUCAAAGGUGGUCUUCCAGAAGACCAUGACCCUAUGGCGGAGCAUCCGACGCUCAUCAACCGCGCAAUCGCUAUGCAUUUGUUACGGGAAGGGCAGUUUGGAGCGGCCUCGACAUUUAUCAAGGAAGCGCAACCACAACAGCCGGAUACAUCCAUUUCAAGACUACAAUCUCAACUGUCGCCAUCGGCCGUGGAGUUUCCCGAGUCGCCACGAUCUGCCACGCCGACCGAUACCCACGUAGCCGAUGUAGACGACGAGCUGUCCACGUUGCAGUCAGAAGCACUCCAGUCAUCCUUUGCCGACAUGUAUUCGAUACUUUCGGCCCUGAAGCAACAUAAUCUAAUACCAGCCAUAGAAUGGGCACGCUCAAAUGCUUUAGAGUUGGAGGCUAGAGGCUCCAAUCUCGAGUUCGAGCUCUGCAAGCUGCAGUUCAUAUGGCUCUUCAAGGGCCCGUCAGUGAACGGCCUACCCGACACGGAGCAGAAUGGUAGGCAAGGUGCUUUGCAGUACGCGAGGGAGAACUUUGGAAGAUUCCAAUACCGACAUCUCCGUGAGAUACAGCGACUCAGCUGCGCCAUGGUUUACGCAUCGAACCUUCCAUCAUCUCCAUAUAGAUCGAUAUUCGACAUUACCAUUGCAUUCGACGAAGUAGCGGCAUCCUUUACGCGCGAGUUCUGCUCGCUGCUCGGUCUCUCUGCCGAGUCUCCCCUUUACGUUGCCGCAACAGCUGGCGCGAUUGCUCUUCCGCAGCUCAUGAAGUUCUUGAACGCGGUGAAAGGCAAGGGCACCGAGUGGACGACGAGUCAGGAAAUGGCUUUCGAGACGCCCUUGCCCAAGAGUAUGAUUUACCACUCUAUAUUCGUCUGCCCAGUGAGCAAGGAGCAGUCGACAGUCGACAACCCGCCUGUUCUGAUAGAGUGCGGGCACGUGCUCGCCAAAGAAAGUCUACAGAAACUAAGCAAGGGCAGCCGAUAUAAGUGCCCGUACUGCCCACAGGAGGGAAUGGUGAAGAAUGUCAAGGAAAUCAUCCUGUAA